AUGGCUGGUACAGAGCAGAUAAAGCAUGUACGACUACAUGGAGAGGGCGAUACCGCCAAGAUCUUUGUCACAAUCGAGCGGCGCUUCGCAGGCCUUGAAGACGCAAAGAGAGGCGUCGACAAAGGGAAGGAUGGCAAGAGAAUACCGGGCGUCAGUGUGCACCCUCAAGAGGCCGGAGGAGAUCUCACACAGCAAUUGCGCGCUAAGGUUGACAAUGGCUGGGGCGAUGCUGUUCUAAAAGAGGAGCGUAACCUGGUCUUUUUCAAGGAACGUACCGCUGCAGAACUCGAGGCUGUCAAAGCUGGUCAAAUGGCGACUGUCAAGUACUUAGAUCCCCCUGGAAACCCCGACUUUUCACACACCCUCACACCGAACCGCGCCCUUCUCUUCCGCUUCUCUGCUCUCACAUUUAACGCCCAUCUCAUCCACCUCGAUCGCGACUACGCUCGCAACGUCGAGGGCCACCGUAAUCUGCUAGUUCACGGGCCGCUUUCAUUGACUCUCAUGUUGAAAACGGUGAAUCAUUACGUGCACCAACAAACGAAAGGGAAGCAAGUUUCAGAGUCCAUAGAGUAUCGCAACCUAGCACCGCUUUAUUGCGACGAGGAAAUGCGCAUAUGCUGUUCGGAGAAGAAGAAGUUGCAGAAUGGCAGUAUAUACGAUGUAUGGAUUGAGGGGCCUACUGGUGGUGUUGCUGUCAAGGGCACUCUUCGCACCACAACAAAUGAUGCUUGGACGAAGAAGGAUACCGGCAUCGCCCAAACACAUAGCGCCACACCAACCGAUGAGCUGAAGACGCAAUGGCCUUCAUUCAAAAGGCCUGAACACCCUAAGCUCAGAAGGAAGUUACUCAACACGACCAACAGAGCUAGGAAGAUGGCUAAGAGCUCUAAGAAUGGUACUCAGGUUCACGUCGCAUCAGGGGACAAGCGGCCAUUGCAAGACUCGCCGGCGCCUCCAAGCUCAGAGCCUACGACAAACCCUGAGACCUCUGCAAAUUCCGAGUCCUCGACAAGUUCUGAGCCUACUACUCAGAACCAAGGUGAGAUUCCAAGCCAGUCUACUUCCAGUGGAACUACCUCUCAACCACCGUCUAGAGAAGUAACUUCCGCAACCGCACACGAAACAAACCGAGCAUACCGCCGCAAACGUGCCCAUAACACCAAAGCCUACAAUUUCAUCACCCUUCCUCCCAGCGAACCGCCACCUGCCCGUGUCGUCAACUCUUACACGCCCGUAAAACCGACGCUAUCGGUACGGGCGAAGGAGCUUUUGCGCCGUGCCCGCCGACGUAAGCCAGCCAAGAUUAAGGUUGAUCCUAUCCCGUUGGUGCGCAGAUUUGAUGCGAGGCCGUAUGCUCCAGAUCCUGUUCGGACUGCUGCGAGGCAUAGCAGAUAUUCGAGAAGAGGCGUCAGGAAGAUGGAAAAGCUUAAGAUUCGCCACGUUGCUUUGCCUUCUGGUCGUUAG